AUGAAGCUCAAUUUACUUGGUACCACCGUGAUUCUGCUAGUUGCCUUCUUACCCCGCUACGAAUGUCGGGCUAUUGAGAGCCCUGGCGGUGCCCUGCGCGUCCCAGCUCCCCAAACCCAAAACUCCCAGCAGCAGCAGCAGUCUGGCCCCAUCCUGGAGCGGCUUGGAGAGGAGUAUUUCAUCCGACUGGGCAACGGGGACUCUAACUCUUUCCCAUCAUCGUCCAUGUAUCCCGGCGGAUCACCUGCCAUCUACAACAGAGCUUUGCAACUCCAGCUGACGCGGCGUCUUUUACAAGGGAAAGUUGGGAACAUCAGGGCGCUCAUAAGCGGCUUCGGAGACCGCGGGGACGAGUCGAUGGAGAGGGGAAGGAGGUCCGAGGAUCCGCCGAUAUCCCUGGACCUGACCUUCCACCUGCUCCGGGAGAUGAUGGAGAUGUCCAGGGCGGAACAGCUGGCCCAGCAAGCGCAAAACAACAGAAGAAUGAUGGAGCUCUUCGGGAAAUGA